AUGGAAGAAGUCAAGACACAGAAAGUGAAAGAUGGAAAAAGUCAAGACACAGAAAGUGAAAGAUGGAAGAAGUCAAGACACAGAAAUCCACCUAGCAUUCCACCUAGCAGUCCACCUAGCAGUCCAUCUAGCUGUCCACCUAGCAGUCCACCUAGCAGCCCAUCUAGCUGUCCACCUAGCAUUCCACCUAGCAGUCCACCUAGCAUUCCACCUAGCAGCCCACCUAGCUGUCCACCUAGCAUUCCACCUAGCAGUCCACCUAGCAGUCCACCUAGCAGUCCACCUAGCAGUCCACCUAGCAGUCCACCUAGCAGCCCACCUAGCUGUCCACCUAGCAUUCCACCUAGCAGUCCACCUAGCAGUCCACCUAGCAGUCCACCUAGCAUUCCACCUAGCAGUCCACCUAGCAUUCCACCUAGCAGUCCACCUAGCAGUCCACCUAGCAUUCCACCUAGCAGUCCACCUAGCAUUCCACCUAGCAGUCCACCUAGCAGUCCACCUAGCAGCCCACCUAGCAGUCCACCUAGCAGCCCACCUAGCAGUCCACCUAGCAGCCCACCUAGCAGCCCACCUAGCAGUCCACCUAGCAGCCCACCUAGCAGUCCACAUAGCAGUCCACCUAGCAGUCCACCUAGCAGUCCACCUAGCAGUCCACCUAGCAUCCCACCUAGCAGUCCACCUAGCAGCCCACCUAGCAGUCCACCUAGCAGCCCACCUAGCAGCCCACCUAGUGCAAACCUCCUGUUAGACGGAGUGGGAUGUCAGCGGGCAGGACUUGAACUCGGAACCAUUAUGACAAUACUCCAAAGCACAUAG